AUGGAAGAAAUGAUGGCCAUGAUCAAUGGCUUAAGGGAGGAGAAUGCGCGGUCUAGGGAGAGAGAGGAGGCCAUUCAACGAGAAAACGAGGAGAUCAGGAGACGAGCGGAUGAGAUGCAGGCCAGAAUAGCAGCUAGUACCAGGACUGUGGAGGAGGACAUCAUGAUGGAGGUCCCUAGAGACUUCCGACCAUUCUCGGAAGCCAUAGAGGCCGAGAUGAUCCCUAGGGAUCAUCGGAUACCACAGGUCGAACCCUUUGAUGGAACGCAGGACCCCAGUCAACAUUUGACGGACUUCCGGGCUCAAAUGUUGAUCUGUGGAGGGAGCAUGGAAGUCCGCUGCAAGUUGUUCAUGGGCACACUCAAGAAGGCGGCGCUUGAUUGGUUUAGUGGCCUCCCCGAUCGAUCCAUCACCGACUUAGACGUCUUUAGUCGGUUGUUUAUGGCUCAAUUUGCCGCUAAUAAGAAGAAGCCACCGAUCACGUCGGAUUUAUUCGAUCUUAAGCAACAACGGGAGGAGUCAUUGAAGGAUUUCCUGCAGAGAUUCAAUGAGGUGGCUCUAAGGAUAGCAUCGGUGGAUGAGAGAAUGGCAGUCAUCGCAUUUCAGAAAGGUUUGAGGUCCGGUGCCUUCGAUAUUGCACUUGAAAGAGCAAAUUGCCAGACAAUGUCGGAGGUGAGGGCUUUCGCCUUGAGCCACAUCAAGACGGAGCAGAACCAGAUCAUCAAAAGGACAGCUGAGAACCGAGAAGCCGGAGGUAGCAAUAAGGAGGGGAACAAGCAUCUUCGACCGCGAUCAGACUGGAACAAACGACAAGACCGGUACAACGUGAAGGACGACAAUUACAGGCAGGCCGAUCACGGUGGUCGGUCAAGGGGCGAGUGGACGCGCAGCAGUGAAGAAGAGAAGUUCACUCCACUCACUGUACAAAGGCGACAAAUACUCCACGAUGUCAACAGUGCAUCGUUGUUCGAGUUCCCGGCGGCGACGGACCGUCAGUUGGGCCCUUUCAAAACCGAUUGGUGUGAGUUCCAUAGGGCUCAUGGGCACUCGACGGAAAAUUGUUUCGUUCUGGGAAGACAGAUCGAGCGUUUAAUCAAGGAAGGAAGACUGAAGGAGUUUGUGGCGAGAAAGCAGGAGGGAAGCUCGUCAGAUAGGAGACCCAGGCGCAUGCAAGAUGACACCAGGAGGGAUAGGCAUAGGGAGAGAACUCCUCCUAGAGACGCGCCAGCAAAGGUGUCGGAUGUUCAUCAGCAACCCAUCCACGGCGAUUUCAAUACCAUCGUAGGGGGCUUCGCCGGCGGGGGAACUACCUCGGCGACCCGAAAGAGGUACGCUCGGUCGGUGCUGACGGUGUCGGAAUUCAGGCGACCAUCUCAGCCUGAGAUUUCGUUUUCAGACACGGAUUACGAAGGAGUAGCCCCCCAUGAGGACGACCCCGUCGUCGUAUCGGCGAUUGUCAUGGGGUACAAUGUGAAGCGCGUGUUGAUUGACCAGGGAAGUUCCGCGGACAUUUUGUUCUGGGAAACUUUUGAGGGGAUGAAAAUACCUAAUGACCGACUAAUUCCUUAUGCAGGGACUCUAGUUGGUUUUGCAGGAGAUCAAGUCAUCGCAAGGGGAUACGCCGAUCUGGAGACGACCUUUGGCCAGGGAGCUCAGAUGAAGAUGGUGCUUGUUCGGUAUUUGGUGGUCGACGCUCAGUCAUCAUACAGUAUACUGAUCGGUAGGCCGACUCUGAACAAAUUGGGAGCGGUAGUAUCCACUCCCCAUCUGAAGGUAAAAUACCCGUUGCCGAAUGGCACUGUGGGGGUUCUCAGGGUGGACCAGGAGGUUGCUCGGAAAUGUUAUGGGGACAGUUUAAAGGCGCGAAGGCGACUGUACACUAAGCGGGUAGAGAAGGAGGUCCAUUCUGUCGAACUGGAUCCUAGAAUGGGUCAGUUCGACCACCGACCCGCCCCAGCAGAGGACGUCAGAGAAGUGGAGGUAAUGGAAGGAAGAAACGUGAAGAUAGGUACCUCUUUGAAGCCCGAGGACGAAGAGAGAUUGGUGAGGGUGCUGAAGGAUAAUGUGUCGGCAUUUGCAUGGCAUUCCAGCGAUAUGCCUGGAAUUGAUCCAAAUUUCUUGUGCCACAAGCUGGCCAUAGACCCAAGCGCGAAAGUAGUGAUCCAGAAGAGAAGGAAGUUCGGCGAGGAGAAACGAAGGGCUAUCGCGGAAGAGACACAAAAGUUAGUAAUGGCGGGACACGUCCGAGAAAUCCAAUAUCCGACCUGGUUGGCUAACGUAGUCAUGGUGCGCAAAAGCAGCGGGAAGUGGAGAAUGUGUACAGACUUCACCGACCUUAACAAGGCCUGCCCAAAAGACUCGUACCCACUGCCGAACAUAGACUUUUUGGUGGAUGGGGCAUCGGGAUACGAGCUACUAAGCUUCAUGGAUGCCUACUCGGGGUACAACCAAAUCCGAAUGCAUCCUGCAGACGAAGACAAGACCGCUUUCAUAGCCGAUCAAGCAAAUUUCUGCUACAGGGUUAUGCCGUUCGGUCUGAAGAACGCAGGGGCGACUUAUCAGCGACUGAUGGACAAAGUCCUUGUGAGUCAAUUAGGGCGGAACGUGGAAGCUUACGUAGACGACAUGGUGGUGAAGUCAGAAAGCAUGAGUCGGCACUUUGGCGACUUGCAGGAAUUGUUCGACACCAUUGGCAAGUACCAACUCAAACUGAAUCCUGAGAAGUGCUCUUUCGGUGUGGAGGCGGGAAAGUUCCUCGGUUUCCUUCUGACUCCCCGCGGCAUUGAAGCGAAACCGCACAAAUGCUCGGCGAUCAUCAACAUGAGGAGUCCAUGUACGGUGAAAGAGGUACAACAAUUGACGGGAAGGAUGGCUUCUCUCUCCCGAUUUCUAUCAAAAGCAUCGGAUAAAGCCCUGCCCCUUUUUCAAUGUCUGAGGAAGAACGACCGGUUUACUUGGACGGCCGAGUGUGAGGAAGCCUUCUCGGAACUCAAGAAGUUGCUGGCAUCCCCGCCGAUCUUGACCAAACCACGAUCAAACUUGCCCAUGUUGGUAUACAUCUCGGCAUCCGACCGAGCUGUCAGUUCGGUUCUGGUACAAGAGCAGGAGACCUCUCAAGUCCCUAUUUACUUCGUAAGUAGGGUCUUACAGGGAGCUGAGACGAGAUAUCAGAGAAUCGAAAAGUUGGCCCUCGCGAUACUAGUCACGGCGAGGAAGUUGAGACACUACUUCCAGAGUUACGAAAUGAUAAUUCGUACUGAUCAUCCGAUUCGACAAGUCUUGCAGAAACCCGAUCUGGCUGGCAGGAUGAUGAAGUGGUCGGUCGAGUUAUCAGAAUUUUCCAUCAAGUAUGAGUCGAGAGGAGCAAUCAAAGCUCAAGCAUUAGCCGAUUUCCUAAUAGAGUUAACCCCUCCGGCCGAGGAGAACACGGCCAGUGAAACUCAGUGGAUUCUAUCGGUUGAUGGUGCCUCAAAUCUAGGAGGAAGUGGAGCUGGAAUUGUAGCAGGCACUUUCCAGGCAAAGGACCCUCAACUGGCAAAGUACUUGGAGAAAGUCAAGCUCCUAUCAGAAAAUUUCCGGGAGUUCAUACUUAACCACGUACCACGAGAGCAGAAUUCGAGGGCCGAUUUGCUCUCCAAGCUUGCUAGCACAAAAAAGCCGGGAGCCACUCGGUCGGUCAUCCAAGAGACUUUAGCGCGACCAAGUAUCAAUGAACCUCAAGGGAGUGUUCUUUUCAUCCAAGAAGAGCUCAAUUCAUGGAUGGGACCGUACAUCGCAUAUUUAACUCGGGGGGAAUUGCCAGAGGAUAAAAAGGAGGCGUCACUAAUACAGAGGGAGUCAGCCAGAUUCGUAGUCAUCAACGAGAGAUUGUAUCGAAGAGGUUUCAGCUCUCCCCUUCUAAGGUGUUUGACCACAUCACAAGCGCAGAGGGGGAUGGACGAAGUACAUAGCGGAAUGUGGGAAAGCCAUAGUGGAGGACGAGCUCUGGUAUACAAGGUGGCGAGGGCAGGCUACUUUUGGCCGAGUCUGAGAAAUGACUGCGUCAAUUGGGUUCAAAAGUGUGACGGAUGUCAAAGGCAUGCAACACUGCACCACUCCCCAGCUGAACGACUCCACUCGAUUUUGUCUCCUUGGCCAUUCAACAAGUGGGGUAUUGACAUACUCGGUCCAUUUCCGAUUGCGGUGAGACAGCUGAAGUUUUUAAUAGUGGCGGUAGAUUACUUUAGUAAAUGGAUCGAGGCGGAGCCGGUCGCAACCAUCUCGGCAGAAAAGGUCAGGUCUUUUCUUUGGAAGAAUGUGGUCUGCAGAUAUGGAGUCCCUCAAGUGCUCGUUUCUGAUAAUGGGACACAGUUUGCAAGCGCGAGAGUUCGAGAUUUUUGUAAAGAGGUCGGUAUCCGAAUGGCAUUCACCUCUGUUGAACACCCACAGUCUAACGGUCAGGCGGAGUCGGCCAACAAGGUAAUCCUUACAGGAUUGAAGAAACGUGUGCAAGAUUCAGGCGCUUCAUGGGUGGAAGAGCUUCCCCGACUGCUAUGGUCGUACCACACGACUGUUCAUUCAACCACCCAAGAUACUCCCUUCAAUCUAGUAUACGGAACCGACGCCAUGAUCCCGAUCGAAAUUGCAGAGCCUUCAGUGCGCUACAGCUUUUUCGGAGGAAGAAUCCGACCAGGGAAGACGAGUUGA